ACAAAACUGCGGCGUUUUCGUUUUAAGGAAAUUAAUCAACCGCGAUUUAUAGUUUUUAUUUAUAUAUUUUUUUUUUUUUUAGUCUGGGUUCAUAUGCCGCUAUGAAAGUUGGCUAGAUAGACGGACAUAAUCUCUUUUAAUGUUAUUGAAAAAAAGUAAAAAUGAGCAACCUUUUAGUUUACAGAACGCUGUUAAUAAAAUUCACGUUUUCGUCGUUACUAAUUUUCUUGCACUUUCUGUACGCGAUUUAUUCAUGGCUCGUCGACCAGACGAUAUUCAAACAACCGGAUCCUUGGCAUAAUCGUUCCAUAAACGGAUACAAGAAGUACCGUUUAAAAAAGUUACCCAACCAUCUUGUGGUGUCUGUAUGCCAGGAGGAAGUGUUCUAUGAAUAUCUGGCCAAAUUGUUGGCCUGGGCGUUAUUUCUAGAAGUUCCUGUCGUCAGCUUUUAUCACAAUGAAAACGGUAUAUCUCCAGAAGAAUUAUUUUUUGCGUUUCGAGAUCAGUACAGUAGUUUGUUAACAAAAGUUAAUUGGGGAUUAGAAUUUAAUGAUAACAUAAAAUUUGAAUCAAAGAAAUGCAUAAAUGGAUAUAAAUGGGAACCAAGAAUUGAAGUCAAUAUAUUGACAUCUAAACAUUCUAAAUUACAAUUAGUUAAUGCCUUGCGAACUGUAUGCAGAACAGAAGAAGAAUUCUCAGAUACUUUAGUUGAGUUUGCAAUUAAUAAAACAUUCCCCAUGGUUGAACCUGAUUUGGUUGUAAUCUGUGGCAAAUCAUGUACAACAUUUGGUUUAUUACCUUGGCACACCCGUGUCACUGAAUUUUUGACAUUGAAAACACAUUAUAAUGUCACAUUUUUAAAGUUUUAUAAAUUAUUGGAACAAUAUAGUAGAAAUGAACAAAGAUUUGGAAAAUAAAUUCUUUGUUAGAUUUUGAUAACUACAUUUAAGUGUAAAUAAUAGUUUAUGUUUUUCGUCAAUUGUGUAAACAUUGUUA